AUGACACGCCACUACCGGCACUCGGCCCUUGGCCUCGCCGCUGUCCUCGCGCUGCUGUCCGCCACUACGAACCUGCCCGACCUGAUGUUGGUGCCCGGUGUUGUGGCGGUAGAGGACCUGGAGGCCGAGGACGUCCCGCCUGAGUGCGCUCAGGUUUGCGCGCCGAUCGUACAGCUCACGGCGCGGUGCGAGGCACAGGUGGAGGCCCAGUUUGGGACGGAUAAGCGGGAUCUAUCGAUGCGACGAUAUCGAGAUGGGUUGGUAAGGGAUAGAGAGAUCAGGGAGGGAAGAGAGCGGAGAGGGGACGGAAAGAAGAGGAGGAGGAGGAAUCUACAGAAGAUGCUGGGUCGGAGACUCAGCGGGAGACAGGAGCUGGAGUCAGAGGAUAGCAGUGACGACGAAGAGGAGCCCCCGGCGAGUCUGGCUCCGGGAUCGGGGCUCGCUGCGGUGCCUACUUUGGGUGUCGGACGCUCAGCGAGCGCGGAGGAUGCUGCGAAGGAGGCUGCGAAGGAGGCUGCUGAGGCGGCGGCGAAGAAUGCUUCGAGGGUAUAUCAGAGAGAUCAUUGGAGAAUGCGGCUUCGUUGCCGCACCGGCCGCUCCGGCUCCGGCACCGCCGGUACCGCCGGCGACGAUUUCUACGACUACGACUUCCUCUCCGCCGGUAGUGCCGCCGCCGGUGUUAAACCCAGCCGUAACAACAACGUUACCGGCAAACUCGGCCCCCGUGCAGCCUUUCCCGUCAUCAUCUACCUCUUCAACCUCGUCGUCAAUACCCUUACCGCCAGCGCCGGUUGUACCACCCGCCAUCCAGACAUCUACCUCAACAACUGCAUCCCCGCCGAUCAUUCCACCGGCAUUUCAGACUCCUUCAACAUCGCCCACUCCGCCGCCGCCAUCCGUACCCCCCGUUGA